CCUUUUGGGGUUGUAGUCCGCCAUAAAACCCACAGAAGAAGAAGGACGGCGUGACGUCACUGUUUACAUCUAAAGGCCCUUUCUCUUCCUCAUAGUGUGAGGAAAAAGAGCAACCAAAAAUGACAACAGCCGCGAGACCAACGUUUGAGCCAGCGAGAGGAGGGAGAGGGAAGGGAGAGGGCGAUCUCAGUGCCUUGUCCAAACAGUACUCAAGCCGAGAUCUGCCUGGUCACACAAAGAUCAAAUACAGACAGCCCACCCAGGAUGCCCCCGAGGAGGUGCGUGCCCGUGACUUCCGCAGAGAGCUGGAGGAGAGGGAGCGUGUUGCUGUCCGGGAGAAGACCAGAGAGAGGGGACCUAGAGAACACACCACAUCUUCAUCCUCGUCCUCAAAGAGGCCCAGACUAGAUCAGAUUCCUGCUGCCAACCUUGAUGCAGACGACCCCCUCACUGACGAUGAUGAGGAAGAUGAUGACUCUGAGGACAGUGAUGAUGAUGACACUGCAGCUCUGCUGGCUGAACUGGAAAAGAUCAAGAAGGAGCGGGCUGAGGAGCAGGAACGCAAGGAGCGGGAGCAGAAAGCUGAGGAGGAGAGGAUCCGCAUGGAGAACAUCCUGAGUGGGAAUCCUCUGCUCAACCUGGCAGGACAGCAGCAGCAGCAACAGAUAGUCCCCACCCCGACUGCCUUCAGCGUCAAGCGGAGGUGGGACGAUGAUGUAGUGUUCAAGAACUGUGCAAAGGGAGUGGAUGAGGCACGCAGGGAGAAACGCUUUGUCAACGACACCCUGCGCUCUGAGUUCCACAAGAAAUUUAUGGAGAAAUAUGUGAAGUAGAACUUAAAACUCUGCUUUGAAGGUGUUUCAUUUCACUCGGCGCUGCUCUGUUUCCAGUUCAUCACUGACUGAUAGUGAUUAGUCUGAAAUCAUUGAAUGACCCUGAAGAAUGGAGGGACCCCCACGUACCGAAUCCUCUGUAUAUAAAUGAAUCUAAUGCUUGACAUAAACAGAUUAACUAAUUUUGUUUAGUGUUAACAUUUUCUACCCUUGAAAGGAAUGGUUGCAAUUGCGACAUCGUCAACUUUUUGUUAUUUUGCUUUUAGCCUUUUUUUUAAGUGAUGUUAAUAAAACAAUAAAUAAAACCUG